AUGUCCAACAGCAGCUCCAUCACCCAGUUCCUCCUCCUGGCAUUUGCAGACACACGGGAGCUGCAGCUGUUGCACUUCUGGCUCUUCCUGGGCAUCUACCUGGCUGCUCUCCUGGGCAACGGCCUCAUCAUCACUGCCAUAGCCUGCGACAACCACCUCCAUACUCCUAUGUACUUCUUCCUCCUCAACCUCUCGCUCCUCGACCUGGGCUCCAUCUCUACCACACUCCCCAAAUCCAUGGCCAAUUCCCUCUGGGACACCAAAGCCAUUUCCUACUCAGGAUGUGCUGCCCAGGUCUUUUGCUUUUCCCUUUUGAUGUCAGCAGAGUUUUCUCUUCUCACCGUCAUGGCCUAUGACCGCUACGUUGCCAUCUGCAAACCCUUGCACUACGGGACCCUCCUGGGCAGCAGAGCUUGUGCCAAAAUGGCAGCAGCUGCCUGGGGCAGUGGGUUUCUCAACGCCGUGCUUCACACUGCCAAUACAUUUUCAAUACCACUCUGCCACGGCAAUGCUGUGGACCAGUUCUUCUGUGAAAUCCCACAGAUCGUCAAGCUCUCCUGCUCAGACUCCUGCCUCAGGGAAGUUGGGCUUCUUGUGAUUGGAGUCUGCUUAGCAUUUGGGUGUUUUGUUUUCAUCGUGCUGUCCUAUGUGCAGAUCUUCAGGGCCGUGCUGAGGAUCCCCUCUGAGCAGGGAUGGCACAAAGCCUUUUCCACGUGCCUGCCUCACCUGGCCGUGGUCUCCCUGUUUAUCAGCACUGGCAUGUUCACCUACCUGAAGCCCCCUUCCAUCUCCUUCCCAUCCCUGGAUCUGGUAGUGUCAGUCCUGUACUCAGUGCUUCCUCCAGCAGUGAACCCUGUCAUCUACAGCAUGAGGAGCCAGGAGCUCAAGGAUGCCAUUAGGAAGUUGAUUUCAUGGAUGUUUCUCAGUCAUGAUGAACUUCCCAUCACUCUCUAUAAGUGA